GUUGAUUCAAGAGUGGAGCAGGCAGGAACACGCACGAGCGCAAUGGAUACACAGCAACAAGUUACAAUACUCCGAGAAGGCUUCCUGGUCAAAAGGGGUCAUCUUGUGCACAACUGGAAGGCGCGCUGGUUCGUGCUGACGCCGGACAAGCUGAUCUACUACAAGUACGAAGGUGGCAAAAGAGACUCGUGUCAGCGGGGGAAAAUCAUGCUGAAGGAUUGCAUCAUUACUUGCCCCUUCCUCGAGUACGACAAUCGACCCUUGGUGUUCCGGCUUCAGACCAAGACCUGUGCGGAUCACUUCCUGGAGGCGUGUUCCCGGGAGGAGCGAGACGAGUGGGCCGGCGACAUCGCGGCGGCGGCGGACCGACUGGAGGGCCGCGCCGGAGCGGACGCUGACGCGGAUGGGUCGCCCGGCGUCAGCCCGUCCACGCCCCAAGGCUCACAACCGCACAACAUUAACCUGAGCAAAGUGCUGGAGGCCAUGUACGACGUUCACAGCGGAAUCAACAUGAGCAACCACGUGGAGCAAGGACGCAUGUACAGCAACUGCUUCUCAGGAUCUGCGGUGGUGGACUGGCUGGUGUUCACGCAGCUGGCUCUGAACCGAGCCGAGGCAGUGACGCUGGCGUCGGCGCUGGUGGAAGAGGGCUUCCUCCGCACCGUCGGCCUGCGGAGCGUGGAGGCGCUACGCACCGCCGGCCUCAGCGAGCUCUUCAUGGACGACUCCACUGCGCUUUACAGCUUCUCAGACGGCCUGAAGAAGCGAGGCUGCGUGAAGGCCGAGACCACGCUGUCCGCGGUGGAGCUCAGCGGUCAUGUGAUCAAAAGAGGCUACCUGCUCAAACAAGGCCACAGGAGGAAAAACUGGAAGAUUCGACUAUUUGUACUGCGCUCUGAACCCUCUUUCCUCCACUACUACGACCCCACCAAGGAUGACAUCAUUCCUGUCGGAGGAUUCCCACUCCGAGGCUCGUUGGUGUCCUCGCUGGAUGAUAACGGCGUUCCCUCUGGCGUGAAGGGCAACAUCCAAGGCAACCUGUUCAAGAUCAUCACCCAGUCGGACACACACUACUUCAUCCAGGCUCCCGGCCACCGGGAGAAGAUGGAGUGGAUCGACGCCAUCCGGGAGCACACGUAGCCGCACGUGCAGCAUUGUUGCAGAAAGAGGGUGUCAGCCAUUCAUAGUCAUGGAGCCAUGCUCCAUGACCAUGACUAUGAAAAGCUGCUUAGCAUUUCAAUGCUUCAAUACCUUUAUUUGUUUACAAAAACCAUAUUCAGUGUAUUUGUGUGUUUUUCAAGAUUAAACUUAAUAUUGAAUUAG